AUGCACCGAAGCAACAAAGUUACAUAUGAGAGACACUCUGUACGCCCACUACGCCGCCUUCUCUGUGGGGAGCCCUGCGAGGCCUAUGGAAGGUGUGGUAAAGCCGGGCAUGUCGGCUCCUCUGGCCCCCAUGGGGUGAAGGGUAUGAAGGGAAGCAUGGGGGCCCCUGGGGAGCCCUGCAAGGCCCACUACUCCGCCUUCUCUGUGGGGAGCAAGAAGGCCCUGCACAGCAGCAACUACUACCAGACGCUGGUCUUUGACACGGAGCUCGUCAACCUCUACAACCACUUCAACAUGUUCACCGGAAAGUUCUUCUGCUACGUGCCCGGAGUCUACUUCUUCAGCCUCAACGUGCACACCUGGAACCAGAAGGAGACGUACCUGCACCUGAUGAAGAAUGAGCAGGAGGCGGCCAUCUUGUACGCCCAGCCGAGUGACCGGUCCAUCAUGCAGAGCCAGAGCCUGCUGCUGCAGCUGGCACGUGAUGACCAGGUGUGGGUGCACCUCUACAAGGGCGAGCGCGAGAACGCCGUCUUCAGCGAUGACUUUGACACCUACAUCACCUUCAGCGGACACCUCAUCAAGGCACAGAGUGAAGGAUAG